UAUUUGUUGAUAAACAACAUCGUUAGCGCGCUAGCUAGCUAGGGCCUAGGCAGGCCCUUUGGCUAGGCCUACUAUACAGCUAGCUAAUAGCCGCGAUAGCCGAUUACGAGUGAUGACUUCAAACACUGUUAUUAGUAUUACUGUUUGUGUGACUUAAAACUGAGAUCGUAUAACCCAUUGAAAGAACCUUUACUCUAUGAUAUCUGGAAGACUCCCUCCCUAAUCCUAAAAGAUUUCCGGCUGAUCGAGAGAAAUUUUGUUCGACGUACGGACGACGUACGUUUAAAUGAGAGGCACGUGGCCGGGGCCGUUGCCCUGGCCUGAUUUCCUGAAUAUGUUUCAGUCAAGGGAUCGACUAGAAGCUCGAACACCACUUCAACAUGGAAUUGGGAGAUUACAACAUCUACAAAACUUGAUGAUAGAGUUUCAACAGACUGAGGACGAUGGUUGCCGAGAACAGGUGCUGGCUAAUUUGGCUAACUUUGCCUAUGAUCCAAUAAAUUAUGAGUAUCUGAGACAACUAAAUGCAGUUGAUUUAUUCCUAGAUACCUUAACUGAGCCAUCAGAACGGCUUGUUGAGUUUGGUAUUGGCGGACUUUGCAACCUUGUACUAGAUAAGGAGAAUAAGGCCCAUAUUCUAGCAAAUGACGGUGUUUCUCUGGUAAAAGAUUGUUUAUCAAGUCCGAAUGAAGAGAUUGUUUUGUCAGCCAUCACGACCCUAAUGUACCUCAUGACACCAGCUUCUAAACAAGAGAUCACAGCCCCAUCCAUUGUUGAAUGUAUGCAGAGGUUUGCAGGGUCCAGCAGCAAGAGAUUGAGUAACCUAGCCAAUGUCUUUCUCCAGGACUACUGUACUCCAGAGCAACGCCUAAUGGCAGAGUCACCGUCGUUGACCACAGGUUCAGCAGUUGGGAUACCUCUACCACCUGAACCCAAGCAGGAGACAAGAUGAAAAGUUGUUGUCAUCCACCACAGGUUGAAUUGAAGGGAUACCACUACUGCCUGAACCAAAGUAGGAGACAAGAUGUCGAGAAGUCACCCUCAUCAACCACAGGUUCAUUUGUUGGGUACUACUACCACCUGAACACAAGCAAAAGCUAUAAAGAUGUCACUCAUCUUGGUGACCCAUCAUCUCAAAAACUGUUGUAUCUCCAGCUUCAGAUGAAGAUAUUAAAUACAAUCAAGUGUCUGCUUUCAAUAUGUCAUCUGUAUGGUGUCUAGAAUCAGUUUUCAAUUCAAAGUUAAUUUUGACGACAAGUAUUUGGCUAGAUGGGAUUGCUUUAA